UGGUCUAGUGAAGGUAUGAAAACUGUUAUCAGUAAUGAUGUUACAGAAUGUCAAUCCGACCAUCUAACCAGCUUCGCUAUAUUACUGGACCCGAGUCCAGAACAUGUUCUACCGGUAAUCCAUGAAGAAAUCCUAACCUAUAUCACGUACAUUGGCUGUGCAAUAUCCAUGGUGGGGCUAAUUCUAACUAUUAUUACUUACUCCUUAUUCAAAUGUUUACAUGGUGAAAAAUCUGGAAAAAUCCUCUUGAACCUAUGUAUAGCAAUGUUACUGAUGAACGUAACGUUUUUACUGGGAUCUCAGAGCUCCUCGCUGUACGGGAACGACAUCUGCAUCACGGUGGCUGUGUUUCUCCAUCUCUUCUUACUGGCGACUUUAAUGUGGAUGCUGGUAGAAGCUGUAGAAAUGUAUCAAGCUCUGGUCACCGUCUUCAAGAAAUAUGCUAGAUUUUAUAUGCUGAAAAGAUGCAUUGCUGGAUGGGGUAUACCAAUACUGAUAGUAUCGAUGGUACUGGCCGUGGAUUUAGAUCACUAUAAACCUAAUACUGACUUCUGUUUCCUAUCCCAGUCCAGCCCAGUAGCUUACUACAUCUCUCUGGUUGGUCCAGCGUGUCUCAUCCUUAUUACCAAUACCAUAGUCUUCAUCAUGGUGGCAAGGGUAAUCCUUAAACCACGGUUCCAACAGCAAGAGAGGGGCACAAUGACCGUCACACCAGCACAAGUGCGUGGAGCGUUCACCGUCAUGAUCUUGCUGGGCAUCACCUGGGUGUUCGGGCCACUGGCUAUUCGCGAAGCAAAGCUUGUGUUCAAUUACUUAUUUUGCAUCCUCAACUCUCUACAAGGAUUCAUGAUAUUUGUGUUCCGAUGUUUAUUCAAUCCGGAAGCUCGUCUUGCCUGG